GUCACAAACAUCACAAUACUACCAGAAUCAUAUCCAAGAUGUUUAAGAAAGAUAUAUCCCCCGGCUCCAAAAGCAAGGUCAAGUCCUCUGUCCAACGCGCUAUCAGAACUCAACUGGUCACCACAUAUCCGUUAUUAGCCCCUCAUAUUGAUGAGAUAAUACCGAAGAAAGAGCAGCUGGAUGCUAUGAAAAUUCCAGAUAGAGUAACUCUCUACUUGAUUGGCACCACACCUCUAUUCUUUCAACACAUGACCGAUGCUCUCCUACCCCAUCUCAAACUCGUUCAUCGAUUCCCUACCUGCUUCCCAAGUCUACGUAUCGAUCGCGGCGCCAUUCGAUUCGUUCUUUCGGGAGCUACCCUAAUGGCUCCAGGUCUCACAUCUACAGGUGGCAGAUUGCCCAAUGGAAAUAAGGAAGAAGAGGGUGUAUAUGGAGAGACUGGAGAGGGAGAAGGAUGGUACGGAGGAAGAGAAUUGGAAACUGGUGAACCGGUAGUUAUCUGUGCAGAAGGCAAAGAGGAGGCUUGUGCGGUGGGACUUUUGAGUAUGGGAACGAAGGAUGUCAAGGAGAAGGGAAAGGGACCCGUGGUAGAAGAUGCACAUUACUUGGGAGAUGGAUUAUGGAGAUUAAGUACCGAUUGAAUUGUUGGAGUAAAUUGAUCGCUAUAUAAAACGACUUUUUUGAUCUAGUUGCGGAUUCUACGAAAUAUCAUACCAAGGUUGAAUUGGGUGGCGAUUUGACUAAUAGAAUAUACCUUUGCAUUUCUAUAUGAGUAUCUCCCUCUAUAUAGUUACUAUCGGGUCUGGAGAUGUUUGAUACCGCAGCCAAGAUGCAUUAUGACAAAUAUUCAUCUCGAUAUCUUCUCUACCCA